CUGAACUGUACAUUCCCCUGAAGCCCACACGAAGCUGUAACCAUGAUCGUCGAGCCACACCACACGCAGCUGUUCAUUAACAAUGAGUACGUGGACUGUAAGAACAGCAAGACGAUGUCGGUAUACAAUCCUGCCACUGGAGAACUUGUCAGUGACAAAAUCCCUGUCGCUGGCGAGGAUGAUGUCAACGCUGCCGUAGACGCCGCCAACGCGGCGUUCGCUGCCGGCUCGCCCUGGCGGAAAAUGACAUUUGUCCAGCGGAGAGAGAUCUUGUUGAAGUUCGCCGAUAUCCUUGAGAAGAACCUGGAGCGUCUGGCUGAGCUGACUCGGGUUGCUCUUGGUGCACCAUACACGGCGAUUGGCAGAUAUGAGGGAGAGUCGGGCAUUGCGCAGUUACGAUACUACGCCGGUUGGGUUGACAAGCACGCUGGUCAGCAUUUUCCAGCCGAUGACGGGUUCUACAAAAUUGUCCGAAACGAGCCUUUGGGUGUCGUGGCGGCUAUCUGCCCAUGGAAUGGGCCACUGGCCUCGGUCGGCAUGAAGGCUGGGCCGGCCUUGGCGACUGGCAAUGUCUUCAUCUUGAAGCCAAGCGAGAAGACUCCCUUUAUGGCUGCGGAGCUGGGAAAGUUGAUUCUAGAGGCCGGAUUCCCACCCGGUGUCUUUCAGGUCUUGACUGGUGAUGGCUCAACCGGAGCCUUGUUGUCUUCUCACAUGCGAGUCGCCAAAGUCAGCUUCACCGGCAGCAUUGCCACCGGAAAAAUUGUCCAGACUCUGGCAGCCAAGAGCAAUCUGAAGAGGGUCACGCUCGAACUGGGAGGCAAAAGCCCUGCGGUCGUAUUCAACGAUGCUGACCUGCAAAAUGCGAUCAACUGGACAGUCAGGGCACUCCUCAUGAACACUGGACAGGUCUGCAUCGCGGCGACACGUGUUUACGUGCAAUCUGGCAUCUACGAUGCUUUUCUUGAGGCUUAUGCUAAAGCCAUCGAAGAGAAGAAGAAUAGCAUUGGCGACCCAGAGAAGAGCGACACGGAAAUUGGUCCGGUAGUGGACAAGGCGCAGUUCGAUCGCAUCAUGGGCAUCAUCAACGCUGCCAAGGCGGAGAAGCAGGGAACCCUGCACUCCGGUGGAGGACGGAUAGGCUCUGAGGGCUACUACAUCGAGCCGACCAUCUUCACCAGCACAAAAGACGACGCAUCAAUCUACAAGGACGAGAUCUUUGGGCCGGUCGUCGCAAUCAACAAAUUUGAGACCGAGGAGGAAAUUAUAGCUAAGUCCAACGACAGCAAGUACGGCCUCAUGGCAGGCGUCUUCACACAAGACAUCAACCGCGCCCUGCGGCUGAGCUCCGCCUUUGACUCGGGCGUUGUUGGCGUCAACUGCAUUAGUGCGCUCAGCCAAAUUGCUCCCUUCGGCGGCACCAAGGAAAGUGGAAUCGGUCGAGAGUGUGGGGAGCACGCUUUGCGAGCUUACACCGAGCCAAAGACGGUGCUCAUCAACCUGAACUUCUAAGCAUGGGACUUGGCCUUGGGGAACGAAGAGAAGUCGCUGGCAGGUGUGCCAUGUUGACGAGAUCUUGACUACCAGCAGCGGCACUCGGCGCUGACAAGCCAUUCCUUUCGUUCCACUGGUCUGAAAGUUAGUCACCUCUCAAUUGUUCGUAGUAGUUUCUGAGAAUGGAAAUUCCACAAGUUGACACCA